GUAGUAGUAGUAGUAGUAGUGGCAGUAGCAGUAGUAGUAGUAGAUGUUGUUGUUGUCGUUGUUUUUGUUGUUGUUAUGUGUGUGUGUGUGUGUGUGUGUGUGUGUGUGUGUGUGUGUGUGUGUGUGUGUGUGUGUGUGUGUGCGUGCGUGCGUGCGUGGCCAGCACAGGUGGGUUUGGUCCCGGCGGCGCGGGCCGCAAGAUGUCUGGCCCCACGUGGUUGCUGACCGAACUCGAGGGUGCGUAGACACACCGGCGGCUCCCCAACACGUACACAUCUCGGGCGUACACCUACACACACACACACACACACAUACACACACACACACACACACACGCACGCACACACAUGGUUCAGGCGACGCCGGCGCAGCUCGAGACAUGCACUCACGGGCGGCACACGCGGCCGCCACCACCACCCCUCACGUGAGGACGCAUUCUUACCCGCGCUGCUGGAGGCGAGACACUGUUCGCUCCCACCUCCGCUGGCACUCACUGACACUCCCGCCACGCUUGGCACCGCCCCUCGCCUCGCGCCACCCGCCACCGCUCGCCGCCUCACCGCGCUACUCACUCCUCAAACAGUCGGUGUUGCAGCCUCCAGGAUAACUUCUCCUCAGGAUACAGUUGCCUAUCUACUACCUGCAUCCUGCCAACUCGUUCCUCGGCCUGCCUUCUCUGCCCCCUAGAGUGACAGCGUGGGAGUGCAGGAUCACAGGACCUUGGCGGUGUAUCGGGUGUCCCACAGCCUCAGGCCGCGCCGUCACCUGCUGCCCUGUUGCUGCCUCUGCCGCUGGCGCAGACGUCGUUCAAAGUGAGACUUUGUCGUGUCAUCUCUGGUGCUAAGACGCGGCAAGCUUAAGCAAGUGUGACGCAUUCCUAUGCAGUAAAAGUGUGACUAGUCAAGCGUGGCACGCUGCUACUGUCACGCUUUAUGCAAACAUACUGUCCAUCAAGUGACCUGCAUGUUGUGAGUGCCGUAUUAGGUGACGUACACUGGUGUUUGUUUGGCUGACUGUGUUUGUGUAUAUUGCAAGGGUUGGAACAAUCGCGAAGGUUCAAGGUCACAUCGUGAACUGUACCCGCCGGUUCCGGAACAAGCCCGCGAACCUGACCUUGUUGCUAGUGAGGGCCGUGUUGUCCAUGACGAACUGCUGCACUUGCCGCUCAGGCCGCAGACACUCUGCUCACGCCCACCUUCACAGACGCCCUCUUUUUGUGCAGCCUGACUUUGGUGUCUAAGUUAAGGUUUUUAAUACUUUGUAAUACUGAAGUAGUUUAAAAGAAGUUUCGUAAAUGUUCUCAGUAGGAGAAGUUGAUGUUUUUACAAGUUCUGCUCGUUGUGUGACGGAUCGCGUGCUGCCCUGCGAUCACUCAUAGUUCAUAAUCUGACUGCGCGAGUGACUGCAUUGGUAUAUCUUUUUUACCUUUUUGAAAGUUUGGUGCCAAGCUGCCCCCAGAGACAUGAGGAAAAUGAGUGACAAGGCGCUGUGUGAGCCUCUCGUGACCUCCUCCGUCACUGCUGCAGAGGAGGCCACUUACCCAUCUCAAGAAUAUUCCUCAGGUCAAGAAUACUCCUCAGGGCAAGGAUACCCUCCGCAGGAGUUCAGCCCAUUCUCCUCCUCCCCCUCGUACCACGUGGAGGCCGGCCAGCACGUGGAGGCCACCCGCGGUGUGGAAGUCGCUCAACAUGUGGAGACCACGCCGCCUUCUGAAGAAGCUCUCGCUGCGGGUGAUACCAAGCCCGUUUUUGAGGAACUUUCUCCCUGCAAGUUUCCGCGUCCGGCACCGUGGCGCCAAAAGACCACCAGCGAAGCAGACGUCAAGCCGCAAGUGCUUGUGAAGCGCGAGUCCGAAGUGGAGUACCGCGAGGGUGAGAGUGACGGAGGCGGGCCCGGCGUGAUCCGCUGUGUGGAGACCAGCAUGCCUCCCCCCGACACCCACACCUACGAGUCCCGGGGCAGGCGGCCCUCGGGCGAGUUUGCCCGGCCCAUGAACGUGCCCCGAGAAGUCAUUCGCGGCCCUCAUGGCGCCAGGUACCGGGACGCCCGCCGUACCCACGACUUGGCGCGACCUGACCAGACACGUCCUCCUGACCAGGUGAGGGCGUCAGACUGCCCGCCGCCCACGCCCUCCUCACCCUCAUCGCCCACUACGUCCUCUGCCCCUGGCGGGCGUCCACGCGCCUCAGGCAAGAAGGACCGCAAGAAGGAGGAAGCCGACGACGUUUCCAGUUCCAUCCCCGACUUAGGUGAGUUCCCCUUCCGCAACAAACUGACAUCAUGCAGUGUGCGCCGAAGACCGUGAGUACGAGUCUCUCU